UCGCAGCCACACAUUCAUUUUGAAGCAUACAACUAGCAUCUUCUUAAUUUUUUCUCAGAAUCCCAAAACAAACACAGUAAUUCACUCCUCCCUCUCCGGAUCUCUCUCUCUCUCUCUAAGUGUAAGCUCUUCCACCACAAAGUUUUAAGGGUGUAAAAAUGAGUUUGUGGUAUAUCAUUGUUGCACUCGUCUUCUUUGCAUUCAUACUCAUUGCAAAGAACACGAGUAAGACAAAGAAGAAUCUACCUCCUGGACCACGGAGACUUCCCAUAAUAGGCAACUUGCACCAAUUGGGAUCGCAACCUCAUCGUUCAAUGUUCAAACUGUCUCACAAAUAUGGCUCUCUAAUGUCCCUAAAGUUUGGAAGCGUAUCUAGUGUUGUGGCAUCAACACCAGAGACUGUAAUGGACGUCUUGAAAACAUUCGAUGUAGAUUGUUGCUCACGACCUUAUUUGACGUACCCUGCAAGAAUAUCAUACAAUCUAAACGAUCUCGUCUUUUGUCCUUACAACAAAUAUUGGAGGGAAGUACGAAAGAUGACAGUUGUUGAACUCUACACAGCAAAAAGGGUACAAUCAUUUCGACAUGUAAGAGAAGAAGAAGUAGCCUCCUUUGUUGAUUUCAUCAAGCAGUCUGCUUCACUGGAGAGCCCAGUUAAUUUCAACCAGAAGUUACUGAAACUGUCCGGAAGUGUGAUAUGUAGGGUUGCAUUUGGGAUCAAUCUUAAAGGGAGUAAACUUGAGAAAACCUAUGAACAAGUCAUUGUAGAAGCAUUUCAGGUGUUGGGGAGUUUUGCAGCAGCAGAUUACUUCCCGUUUUUUGGUAAAAUCAUCGAUAGGAUCACGGGGUUACAUGGAAAAUGUGAGAAGGUUUUUGAGGCAAUAGAUUCGUUUUUCGAUCAAGCUAUAAAGCAUCACCUUGAAAAUGAGAGCAUUAAGGAUGAUAUCGUUGAGUUGCUCCUCAAGAUGGAAAGGGGAGAGGGACUUGGAGAGUAUCAACUUACUCGAAACCAUACUAAAGGAAUUCUUCUGAACAUUCUUACUGCUGGAAUAGACACUUCUGCUCAAACUGUGACAUGGGUGAUGACACAUUUGAUUGCAAACCCUAGAGUUAUGAAGAAAGUGCAAGCAGAGAUAAGAGAAGUGAUCCAAAGCAAAGACCACAUUACAGAAGAUGAUAUAGAACGGCUUGAGUAUCUCAAAAUGGUGAUUAAAGAAGCAUUUAGGAUAACACCGCUUGUGCCACUUCUAGUUCCAAGAGAAGCUUCAAAAGAUGUAAAAAUCGCAGGUUAUGACAUUCCAAAGAAAACAUGGAUCCAUGUCAACAUAUGGGCUGUUCAUAUGAAUCCAAGCGUCUGGAAAGAUCCGGAAGCUUUCAUCCCGGAGAGGUUUAUGGAUAAUGAGAUUGACUAUAGAGGUGCAAACUUUGAGUUGUUGCCAUUUGGUAGUGGAAGAAGAAUGUGCCCUGGUAUGGGUAUGGGACUAGCUUUGGUACACCUGACACUUAUCAACCUUCUUUACCGAUUCGAUUGGAACCUUCCUGAAGGAAUGAAAGCUGAAGAUGUUGAUCUUGAAGAAUCAUAUGGGCUUGUUUGUCCUAAGAAAGUUCCUCUUGAGCUUAUCCCUGUCCUUACCCAGUGGACUUAACUUCACUUUGCUGUAUAAGAAGGGUUAUGUUCUGAAAUGUGCACAAAGGAAAUAAAUCUAUGGCGGAACUUGCAUUUUAUAAUUUUGUAUAAGUUCUUUGUUUAAACGAUUUCUUAAAGAUGUGUCUCCCCAGCUGAUAUAAAUAAGUAAGAUUUCAUA